AUGGCGCCCUCCAGCAAGACCAACUUCAAGACAUAUGAGGCUCAGGCCCGCCUCGUGCGCGCCAUGAUCGCCGCCCACCCUGAAGUCAAGUGGAACUACAAGGUGAUUGUGGACUUGUUCGGUUCCGACAUGACCGAGUUCGCUCUCGAGCAUCGCUUCCGCGCCCUCAAGGCGCACGCCGACGUCGUACGCCAAGCGCGCGAGCAAAAUGUCGACUGCAAGGACGUCCCCGCCGACCUGCCCAAGGACAAGAAGGAAAUCGCCCGCAUGUUCGGCAGCUCCACAGCCGACGGCAUCCAGUUCCAGUUCCGCGCCAUCAAGCAGGACGCCAACACGCUCAGAGCCACCGUCAACAGCGGCGGCAACCCGGCCUCCGUCCUCUCCCUCGGCCCCGGCAGCACGGCCUCGACGCCACGCGGACCCCGCGCCACAGCCGGCUCGUUCCCAAGCGCCGCCUCCACCCCGACGACAGCCUCCAAACGCUCCGCCUCAGCCGUGUCCCGCUCCGGCGCCUCCUCAGCCAAGCGCACCAAGCUCGGCGGCAGCGGCGCCGCCGCCAGCACCCCGACCACAGGAGCCACCACCGGCGCCGCCGCCUCGUCCGAGGGCGAGGACGACAAAGACAACUUGUUGGGCACCGCCGGCCACGACGCCCUCGGCCUCGACACCCUCACAGCUAUCCUUCACGACCACCCCAUGGGCUCGAGCCGCAAGAAGCCCGCCCCCGCUCCCGUCUCCGCCACCGCGACAGCGCGUCGUCGCCGCCCCGACCCGGCCCGCGACAAUCUUCAACAACCCCUUCGCGCCGGCCGCGCGCGCCGCCGUGCCGAGCGUCGACCUGACGACCUCGGACAGCGAGGCCAACACGCCGCCCGAGGCGGCGCCCGCGUCGCGGGAGGGCGUCAAGUUUGA